CUCGGGGCCAAUCUCUAGCGGUUUCUAGACAAAGACUGUGAGGUACUGGACAUAUCUGUCAGCUCAGUGCAGACAAGUCACAGCGAGCCUUGCAGCUUCAUUGCAAUCGGGUCUAGUAUCACCACCAGGUCAGCUUGUGGAAAGGAAGUGAGAGGUGAGGAUAAGGGGCCAUGUUCACCCGCUUGCUCAAGCUGGUAGCAAAUAGUAGCCACAGAGGGGACAAUGAAGGACUGUACCUACUAAUACCUUCAAGAGUGAGGCCUAUUCAACUUGCAUCGCAUACCUUGUGCGGGGCCGACUUCGGAGGGGGGAGGCGGAGGUGGAGGCCAGAGGUAAGUGAAAGAAGGUGGCCGGACCCGCGAGCUUCCUACAAAAUACUAGCCAGUUUGACAGCAAAAGAAGUGGACGCCCUCCAGGCGUCGUGUGACGGCUGUUCUCCGCCAGACGGGUCCGGGUCAUGGUCCAUACUUUUUCUACUUGCUGGCAAAAACACUCCAAACGCAUCAAACAGCUCCUACUUCAUCCAGACUAACACGUCCCCAGGCAUGCAUACACAGGCCAUUCACCCAUGCAGCAUGCAAUUGGAAAAGAACGUGGGUUUUGCUCUGGAAGAAAAUAUUGGGUCAUUAGCAUUCACCCAGACUAUUACUCCUCGUAGUGUAUUUAGUAAUUUGUUUAGUUUGAAAUAUCUCCAGGGUCAUUGAAACCUGAAAGACGGAUUUGCUUGGAAUUUAUAUAGUUA